CUUCCACUCAAAAGUAGUAACAACUAAGAAUGGAAGAUAUCAUCAUCGGGGUGGUGGCUCUAGCCGCAGUUCUCCUUUUCUUCCUCUCUCAAAAAUCAAAAACCAAACGCUACAAACUGCCUCCCGGUCCACGAGGGCUUCCGGUUAUCGGAAACCUCCACCAGCUUAGCCAGCUUAACCCACAGCGUUUCUUCUAUGGAUGGGCCAAAAAAUACGGUCCAAUAUUUUCAUACAAGAUAGGAAGUCAAACAAUGGUGGUCAUAUCAUCAGCCGAGCUAACAAAGGAGCUUCUCAAGACGCAAGAUGUCAACUUCGCAAACCGGCCUCAACACCGUGGUCACGAGUUCAUAACCUACGGGAGAAGUGACAUGGCCAUGAACCACUACACACCUUACUACCGAGAGAUGAGGAAAAUGGGCAUGAACCACUUGUUCUCACCCACACGUGUGGCCACCUUCAAGCACGUGCGGGAGGAGGAGGCUAGGACGAUGAUGGCUAAGAUCGAAAAGGCUGCUGAGAGAUCUGAACCGGUCGAUAUUAGCGAGCUCAUGUUGACCUUCACGAACUCGGUUGUGUGCAGGCAAGCGUUCGGGAAGAAGUACAAUGAAGAUGGGGAAGAGAUGAAGAGAUUCAUCAAGAUUCUUUAUGGGACUCAAAGUGUUUUGGGGAAGAUUUUUUUCUCUGAUUUUUUCCCGUUUUUAGGAUUUCUAGAUGAUUGGACAGGUCUCACGGCUUAUAUGAUGGAGUGUUUCGAAAGACAAGACACUUACAUACAAGAGAUUAUCGAUGAGACACUUGACCCCAACAGGGUCAAGCCAGAAACUGAGAGCAUGAUCGAUCUCUUGAUGGAGAUCUAUAGAGAUCAACCUUUCGCCUCCAAGUUCACUUUAGAGAAUGUCAAAGGCGUGAUUCUGAAUAUAGUGGUGGCGGGAACUGAUACGGCCGCUGCGGCGGUUGUGUGGGGAAUGACGUAUUUGAUGAAGUACCCUCAAGUGAUGAAGAAAGCUCAAGCAGAAGUGAGGGAGUAUGCAAGGGAGAAAGGCUCAACUUUCAUUACUGAAGACGACGUGAAGAACCUUCCUUACUUCAGAGCCUUAGUUAAAGAAACCUUAAGGAUCGAACCUGUGAUUCCUCUCCUUAUCCCUCGUGCUUGUAUUCAAGACACCAAGAUCGCUGGUUACGACAUCCCUUCGGGGACUACUGUCAACGUCAACGCAUGGGCCGUUUCCCGCGACGAGAAGGAGUGGGGCCCUAACCCUGACGAGUUCAGACCAGAGAGGUUUCUUGAGAAGGACGUUGACUUCAAAGGCACGGACUACGAGUUUAUACCGUUCGGGUCAGGCAGGAGAAUGUGCCCUGGGAUGCGUCUUGGUGCGGCGAUGCUAGAGGUUCCAUUUGCGAACCUUCUCCUCAAGUUCGACUUCAAACUUCCCAAUGGAAUGAAAGCAGAAGAGAUCAACAUGGAUGUCAUGACUGGUCUUGCUAUGCACAAGUCGGAUCAUCUGAAGCUUGUUCCGGAGAAAGUGAGCAAGUGACAGUUUCUAAUGGUCAAAUAAAUGUAACACUCUGGUUGUAUAAUAUAUAUAUAUGUUCCUGUAGUGUACUAUGCUCUUUGGUUUGGUUUCCUUUUAAAUCAAACAACAUUUCUAUUA